AUGGCCCCGCGCCAGUUCAUUGGCAGCGAGACGAGCAGGGCCGGCUCACGGGGCUCGGGAGCCGGGUCGCCUGAAUGGAGGCGCGGCGCAGAGGACCACGGCGGUCUGCGCGUCGAGGGUGACGGCCGGGGCACGUGCACGACCCGCCGGUGUGGUGAAGCGGAGGCGAUUCAAGCGCGGAGACCCGGCAGGACGCUGGAGGUCGAGCGCGGAGGCGAUUCAGGCGCGGAGACCCGGCAGGGCGCUGGAGGUCGAGCGCGGGGCGGAGGCGCGAGGCCAGCCGCGGCCAGAGACGGCUGCGCGACCGGGCGGCUCACCGGCGGAACGGCUCAGGCGCGGAGAACCGGCAGGGCGCUGGAGGCCGAGCGCGGAGGCGGAGGCGCGAGGCCAGCCGCGGCCAGAGACGGCUGCGCGACCGGGCGGCUCACCGGCGGAACGGCUCAGGCGCGGAGAACCGGCAGGGCGCUGGAGGCCGAGCGCGGAGGCGGAGGCGCGAGGCCAGCCGCGGCUAGAGACGGCUACGCGACCGGGCGGCUCACCGGCGGAACGGCUCAGGCGCGGAGACCCGGCGGCUCACUUGCGGUGGAGACAAGGCCGUCCGACGGCGGGCGGGUCAAGGCGACCCCAGCAGAGGCAAAGCAGUGGCGCAGCAACGACCCGGCGGGUUGGAUGCGCGAACCGGCGACGGCGGGGGCGCAGUGGGUCGAUGAGCCUGAUGUUGGAGGAGUCCAAGCCCGUGGAUCACCCGGGUCCGGGUCGCUGACUGAUUUUGUUAAUAGAGAUGAUGGUUACUGCCCAUAA